GGGGAGUCUAUCAAGAACUACUAACCACAGUGGCUCAGCAGAACCUCCAACUGCAAUAGCAGUACAUCUCUGGGUGCAAGAUGUUGUGGAGCAGCCUUCCCCUAUCUGAUGCUCUCCAGAUGUGGUGGACCGCAGUUCCCACAUCAUCUCUAGAUACGUUCGAUGAUCUGAAGGGCACUAGCUAGGAAAGCUGUUUUGGACAGAUAAAGGGGGUAGGGAGGGUACAACCUUUGCUGACAUCCUAGAGGCAUCUGGCUGCUUGCUGUUAAUGCUGGAGUAUUAGCGUGUUAAACCCUUUUCAGCCCAAGGGCUGAAUUCUCUUUCCCAAAGGCUCCAUGUGUCUGUAUUCCAGUGAUGAGCGGAGCUGAAAGUAAAAAGACUGGAAUCCAAAAUGCCUUUCUUAUCAAGUAUUUCAGUUUAAGUCCUUUUUACCAACAAGUCAGCCUUCAAAGGAGCAUGGGAAAUAAAGGGUAUAAAAGCCCAAAAGCUACCAAAAGUUAGGAAGAUGAAGUGAGGUCUUCUAAGUAUCCCUGGAAGGCUACAAGGGAGUGCUAGAUGGGCUGGUUUGACCCUAGGCCUGAUUUUUCCCACACUUGCUUAGGCAGAAUUUGUUCUGAUGGUUUGGCAAGGCAGUUCUUCUGUUCUUAUAGUUCUAGAGAAGUCUUUUAGGCUGGAAGGCACAAUGGAACCUCUGUACAUAGAAGAACUGGAUGCUGGGGACAGACAACAUGCUGCAUAAUACAGUCUUUCUUCAGAUCCAGCAGUUAAGAUAUGUAGUGAUAAAAUAGAAGGCAAGCUUGGAAGAAACUUUGGGACCACUGUAUGCAUUUCUUGCAACUGGAUUAAUUUGAAUCUGAACAUUGGCAGACCUGCACUGGUCUGGCAGAAAGCCAGAACAAAUGUGUUCAUUGUCCUUUGCAUCAUGCCAUCCCCCAGUGUGGGAAAUGUUCUAACCCAAGGUGAAAAAGCCCAGACUUACUUUUAUGGCCAAGGUCAAAUUGGAACUGAUUCUGUCUGCUCAGAAAGUUGUUUUUUCUGCAUUUUCUGCUUGAAGCAGAGUCGAACUGCAUUAAGGUUGUAACUUUAAGGGCUACAAGUUAACCUGUGAAGUUGCUGCUAUGGGAUGAUUCUUCACUUCUGAUAAAACCAGAGAUCUUUGGUUUUUGUUUUUAUAAAGCCUGCAGUUGUAUAUCAUUUUCUACAUUCAACAUCCAUUUUUGUAUGUAUACCAAUGGUGAUACCCCAUUAUCUGUGUAGCCUUUGGUCUAAACAGAUGGAAAUCAUGCCAUGAGAGCCUCUACAACGUAUGUGUAGCCAUGACAGAACCUCACAGGGUCCAGCUCACUUCUCUGUCAGGCCCACUAAGUACCAGUUUACUGAAGAAAACACGUCGGGAAGACGUUACAGGAACAGAACAACCACAGGAAUCUGAACCUGCUGCUGCAGCCGUUCGCAUUUCCCUCGCUCUUUUUGAGCCAGAUCACAAGCGCUGCCCAGAAUUCUUUUACCCAGAACUGCUGAAGAAUACACGUGGGAAAGGGAAAAGCAGUUCUGUAGGAGAAAAGAAAAAAGACCUUCCUGAUCCCUUCAAUGAUGAUGAAAAGGAGAGGCACAAAGCAGAAGCGCUUGCUAGGAAGUUCGAAGAGAAAUAUGGGGGAAAGAAGCGCAGGAAAGACCGCGUUCAGGAUUUAAUAGAUAUGGGAUAUGGAUAUGAUGAAUCUGAUUCCUUCAUUGAUAAUUCUGAAGCAUAUGAUGAGCUUGUCCCAGCAUCUCUAACUACCAAGUAUGGAGGCUUUUACAUCAACUCUGGAACUCUACAGUUCCGCCAAGCUUCAGAAUCAGAGGAUGAUUUUAUCAAAGAGAAAAAGAAGAAAUCUCCUAAGAAACGGAAAUUGAAAGAAGGAGGUGAGAAAAUGAAGAAGAAGAAGAAAGAUGAUUCCUAUGACAAAGACAAGAAAUCUAAAAAAUCUAAGUUUCCCAAAACUGGUUUCACAGCCCUGAAUGCAAGCAAGGAGAAAAAGAAGAAGAAAUACUCAGGAUCCCUGAGUGUCAAGGAGAUGUUGAAAAAAUUUCAAAAGGAAAAGGAUGCUCAGAAGAAGAGGGAUGAUGAACCAAAGCUGACUGGUCCACCUCUGAUGGAAACCCCACCUCCACGGGAAGUGGAGAGCGUGCCCGACCCAAUUCUGUCUCUCUUCGGCCACACCAGCGACAACGAACUGCUUCAAGCAGCCACAGCCAUGGACUCUCUGACUGACCUUGACCUGGAACAGCUUCUCAAUGAAUCUCCGGAGGAAAGCCCUUUCCAUGAUGUAGAGGAUGGGAGUGACCCCCUCGGGGUGGGCCUAGAGCAGGAAAUCAAGCAGCCUCUCUCCCUUCCUGAAGGACUUCCAGGACCCCUGGAGAAGCGCAUUGAGGAACUGACUCAGGCUGCCAGGGCUGCAGAGGGAGAAGCCAAACACAAGUUCUUCAACCAGGAUAUGAAUAGCAUCUUACUUGACAUAGAGCUGCAAACUCGGGAGCUGAACAGCCAAAUCCGAUCAGGGGUAUACACUCAUCUAGCCUCCUUCCUUCCUUGCAGCAAAGACACUCUGGUCAAACGUGCCCGCAGGCUUUACCUCUAUGAGCAGGGCGGUCGCCUGAAGGAGCCUCUUCAGAAACUACAGGAUGCCAUUGAGAGGGCAAUGUCAGAACAGAUGGCCAAAUACCAGGAAGAAUGCCAAGCACACACCCAGGCCAAGUUUGCCAAGAUGUUGGAAGAGGAAAAAGACAAGGAGCAGAGAGAUCGGAUCUGCUCAGAUGAUGAAGAAGAUGAUGAUAAAGGAGGGAAGCGGAUCAUGGGACCCCGGAAGAAGUUUCAGUGGAAUGAUGAAAUCAGGGAUUUGCUCUGUCAGGGAGUGAAGAUCAAACUGGAUGGAUAUGACCUUGAAAAGAACAAGGCCCAGCCAAUGGAGGAUUAUGUGAAGACCUUCCUAGAUGCAGAAGUCAAACCUCUUUGGCCCAAGGGCUGGAUGCAGGCCAGGACACUGUUUAAGGAGAGCAGGCGCGUGCACGGUCACCUCACCUCCAUCCCAGCAAAGAAGAAAGUCAUGGCACCUCCAAAGGCGAAGGGAAAGGAGCCCUCUAAUAAACAGGAUAAAAAGAUGCCCCAUCCAGCCCCACUGAUUCAUGCGAGUGGCGCCAUCUCACUUUCUCCAGAGAGGCAGGGAGUUGCUGUUGGUCUCAGCCCUCAAACCAGGGAACUCUUGGCCAUGAGCUCGACUCCGGUCCCCAAUAGCACAGCCACUCCAGCCUCCUUCAGUAUGGAUGACUCUCUGGAUGAGGACUUGAUCCAUAAUGCCACUUCGUCUUUGGAAGCAGUCUCCAAGGAACUAGCUGUACUUAACAGUCGGACGGGGGGAAGUCCUGAUUUUACCCUUCCUGUGACCCCAAAGGCACCAUCAGAAAAGCCCCUGAUCCAGGUGACAUUGGAAGAGAAGCGGAUCUUCCCCAGGCCGAGUCCUUCACCUUCCCCAUCUCCUGCUGGUGGUUCCUUGCAGUCACCCCUCAACUUCCUGGCUGAACAGGCCUUGGCGCUCGGGCACUCCCCGCAAGACAAAAAGCCUGAGGGCUCCAGCUACAAAGACCUUUCCUGCCAGGUUUCCCCUGCUAAGCUUUUGGAGGCCCACCAGUCCAAGCCGAAGCAUCAUGGCUUGCCGCGCACCAUUCAUGGGCUCCAGACAGCAGCUCCAGCACCAACACCGCAGGUGAAGGUAUUUCCCAUGAGUGCUCAGCAGCCGAAAAGCUUCCCCCCUUCUCCUCCCUUUGUCAAGCUGCAGUCCCCCAAGACUGCCUCACCAUUGCCCCAGCGGCCUCUGCUCCAGCAGUCAGUCAAGACCGCCACCAAAACACCAAGCUUUCAUUCCUGCUCGUCGUCCUCAUCAUCGACUCCCUCACCAGGGUCCAGCAGCUCCCACAAGCUGCCAAAUUCCUCCUCUGUAUCCCUAGGCUAUGCAGGGAAGCACCCUAGCAGCAGCACCACCUCGGGACAAUCUUUCAAGUCACCCUUCGUGGCCCUGUCCAGGCACGUGGCUUCUACCAGUGGCUCCACAGCCAGCAUUUCUACGAACCAGAGUCCCUCUUCAAGCAAUCUGCUCCCAGGCUCAUCUCUUUCUACUCCUGGGCAAGCUGCCAAUCGCUCAUCACCAAGUUCCACAGUGAAGAAAACUCUGGUCCCCCAGAAGCUGACGUUGGUAGCUCCACCGGGGGGACCAAACGUCAGUUCAAGUGGAGGAACACAAGGGGUAGCCAAAUUGCUGACUUCUUCCCUGAAGCCGACAGUGGCGAGCCACACAGCUGCCUCUGCUUCUGUGCCAAAAGGAGCCAGUGGAGCAGUGCUGCUGACCAGUUCCUCCUCCCUGAACGUCCUUUCUCCUCCCUACAAGUCCAGCAACCCAAAGCUGCCUGCCGCCCUCAGCUCUGCGCCGCUGGGGAUCUUAUCGCCCAUCCACUCUUUCCCUCUCCAUGUGAUUUCCUUCAGCUCUGACUCUGCCCCCAAGACGGGGGUGUCAAAGGAUGCCAUUGUCACAGGACCCGCCCCGGGGACUUUCCACCACGGCCUUGGCCACAACACUUCUCAGCUCCAUGGAAAAGGGUCCAAUGUGCAGCCACGGAAGUUGUGACAGCUUUGAGAGAGGAAGCAACAAGCCCUGCAAGAAGACCAACGUAACGAAGUGGCAAAUAUCAGGUGCCCCCGCCCCUUGCUCUCUUGCUGUUGCUUUGAUCCAGAGGCCCUUCCCCACCAGGAGCUUUCCAAGGGGAUCUGUGCCUCACACUGGGAGAAGAAGCACUUAGAAUGCCACAGAUCUGCCUGCUGCUCUCGCAUCACUGCUCCAUGCACCAGAGUAGGGCAGGAGGAGCCAGGCAAGUCUCUAGUGCUGCGCACUUCAGUGGAAACCUCCUGCCAAGAGCCUCUGAAUCCAGUUACCUCCUCCGUUCUGCAGUGGAUUACAGAAAGGUGCUUGUUCCUGCUUAGCACUUACUUGACUGACGCAGGUUCAGCAAAGAGAGCAGCCCAGCCCCGUUUGUGUGCGUGUGGGAAUCCCCCUCUCCCCCUAAAGGUACCUGUAAUACACCUGGGCUGAAGUUUACUAGAAGAUCCACCUUUCUCUGUGGCAGCUUUGUCAACGUCAAUCAGCUCAUUGGCCCUCUCAGAAGAAAGUGGACACUUGAGAGGCCUUGAAAUGCACUCAUGAACAUUGAACUGAAUUUGUGGUUUUUGUUUUGCUUCCCUGGUUUUUUUCUUUUGUUCCUACGUUCAUUUCCCCCUUCCUGCUCCUCCCUGCCCUGCCAUUACCACUGAACAUAUUGUAUUGGACAGGACCCCCUUUUCUGCAUGUCAUUGUGUAUAGCGAAGCCGUAAUUCCAGUGCCUUUUUAUGGUGGAGCAAGAGUACAAAACAUUUCAAGCUCUUUGGUGUGAGCUCCCUUGAACUUUUAAAAUUUGAUUAUCUUUUUAAAAAUGUAUCUGUACUUGAGAUGCAUUGGAAUUUAAAUCAUGGGGUUGUAAACCCUACCCAGACUUCACCUGGUUAACAGGUCAUGAGGCCAGGUUAAAUCAAUGACUAGAGUUUCCCCUAAAGCUGUUGCUUCUGAGCCAUUGUUGAGCAAGUUUUCCGUAGGCAGGUGAGCAUCCGGGAUAUCCCCCUUUGACCGAAGAGCCUUCACACAUUUUAACAACAUGGGAGUGUGGAGCUGGCACUCUGCGGCUACAGGCGUGGGGAGCCUUGCACACGUGAGCAUGCCGUGCUUGCAUCAAGGGCUCUGUGUGCACACGUUGCCAGCUGGGUGGGACCCAUGCCCAGCUUUCCUUCAGCAGUCUUUUCUGUGCAGCAGAGGGGAAGUGGAGUACACCUUCAUGGCAGAACUUGUGCCAAUGACUUUCCCCGUGGAUCCUGCCCAGUCUCUCCAAAGAUGCUCAGUGGCAAAAUUCUUUUGGCAUCCGGGGAGUGAUGCAGGCUAGCCAAGGCUGCUGAGAUGGUUGUGCUUCAGAGCUGUCCUAAACACCUGCUACUUGGAGCAACUCUGCCUCGCUUCAAAGCGGUGUCUAGCAGCUAAGGGAGUUUGUGUGCUGGCCGGUGGCAGGGCACUAGUGUGGAGGGGCAAGUCCUUUCUUGCCUGACUUGUUGCCUCAAGCAUACUGCUUCUCCUGCAGGGCAAAAGGGUGGGCAGGGCAACCUGUUUGUCUCAGUUAUCCUGCUCUGCUGAAGCGCCCAUGUGUGAGAAGGCAGCUUGCUGGAGUUGUUAAAAGGGGACAGGUCAUGUGCCCAUUGGCAGUCACUUUUUCUAAAGCCUGUGUAGUCCUUCCUUGCAAAACACAUGCACACGCAUGUAUAGAUGCACUUAUAUCCUUGAACAUAAACUGGAAACUACCUGCCUAAAUUUAGCACUGUUUCCAAUCUUACCAAGCAGUGCUACCCCUCGCACCUCCCUCUUUCCUCUAAGGCUUCAGUUUGCUGAUUCUUGCUCUGAAACAGAAAGCACUUGCUCCACAAAAUAACCCGAAGUCUAAAGGAAUUCUCAGUGAAUUUUGUUUGGCUUAUGACCUCCAAACCAAGUUUGAAAAUCAAUUCCUUGAUAUCGGUGUUCUUGAUUCCAGAUUAAUAUGGGCAAGAACAUUCAUCAUUUGUACUUCUUUCUGAGAAAAUGGAUUGGAGAAUUUAAGACUUAUUUGCCCACAAUCAUCUUCACUUAAAAAAAGAUCUUAAGUUAUAGCAAAAGAGCCAAAGACCGAAUUUUAAGGUUGCUGAUUCUGAAGCACAGAAUUUUUAAUAAAUGGGUGCUUUUCGUUUUGUGUUUUGGUCAGGCUCAAUCCUGCUGUGUACUGGACACCUACUGAGAGAUACUUUAUCUCCAUAGGAACUAGUGCUUGGCAUUUGGCAGGAUUCAGGCCUUGCCUGAGCUAUUCAUAAUUCCCCUCUUGCUGCUCCCACUCCAGAGCUUCUCUUGCAGUGUAUCUGUGCUUGCCGUAGCUGGAGGAGAAGCCCCCUUCUUUCUGAAAGAAAUUUCAAGAAGCCUCUUGCCUCAGGGAAUGAUACAUGGCAGAAAUUCAGUGUGAUUUCUUCCCUUCCUGCGUCCCCCUCCCCUUUUCCUUUGCAUUUAAGAAGUAAGACAACCUAAUGAGACAGCCAUGGCAGGGCAAGAUCUACCGGCUGGGGAUUGUGACUAGGGCAGAGCACCAGAGGUCUCUCUGCCUUGGCUUAGACCAUUUUGGGGGGCUUUGUUUACGGUGGGCACCUGCCUGCCAGAUAGCACUUAAACUUAGAAAAGCAGUUUCUUUGUGUGCAGGAAGAGCUGCAAUUUAUUUUUGUGUGUGUUGGUGGGAGGGGGAAGGGGCCUUUCUAGGUAAUGAGGAGGGUGCUGACAUUAAAAUGGAUACUCUUGUAUACAGCAACUGAAUAAAAUUGUUUUUCAGUUUCCAAAAA